AUGGCAGCAUCAAGACCGCUUGUCAGUAUAUAUGAUGCAAAAGGUCAACCAACCGGAAAGCAGAUUGCAUUACCAGUUGUGUUUCGUGCACCAAUUCGCACAGACAUUGUUAGUUUUGUUCAUGAUCAAAUGAGAAGAAAUAAACGUCAAGCACAUGCUGUUAGUAACAAAGCUGGUGAACAGACAAGUGCUCAAUCUUGGGGUACCGGUCGUGCAGUAGCUCGUAUUCCACGUGUUCGUGGUGGUGGUACUCAUCGAAGUGGUCAAGGUGCCUUCGGUAAUAUGUGUCGUGGUGGAAGAAUGUAUGCACCAACAAAAAUCUGGCGAAAAUGGCAUAGAAAAAUCAAUUUAAAUCAACGACGUUAUGCUACUGUAUCAGCUAUAGCAGCCAGUGGUGUACCGUCACUUAUUAUGGCAAAAGGCCAUAGUAUCGAAAAUGUACCUGAAAUCCCACUUGUAAUAUCAAAAGAUGUUGAAAGUUUACGAAAAACAAAAGAAGCUGUUGCUGUGCUACGAAAGCUUGGCGCAUGGCAGGAUAUUCUAAAGGUCUACGCAUCGAAACAUACGCGUGCUGGUAAAGGCAAAAUGCGUAAUCGACGAACAGUAAUGAAACGUGGCCCGGUUAUUAUUUAUAAUGCAGAUCAUGGAAUUAAAAAAGCGUUCAGAAAUAUACCUGGUGUGACAUUGUUGAGUAUCCAACGUUUAAAUUUAUUGCGUUUGGCUCCAGGUGGACAUGUUGGUCGUUUUUGUAUUUGGACCGAAGAUGCAUUCAGAGAAUUAGACAAAUUAUAUGGAACAUGGAAAACAAAAUCAGUUAGAAAAACUGAUUACAAUUUACCAAUGCCAUUAAUGACAAACAGUGAUCUUGGUCGCUUAUUGCAAGCAACCGAAAUUCAAAAUGUAUUACGUGCACCAAUUAAACGUCAGCAACGUCGUAAAGUGAAGAAAAAUCCAUUGAAAAAUAUGUCAUUAAUGGUUCGUCUAAAUCCAUAUUCAUCAAUACAAAAACGACGAUCAUUAGCACAAAUUGUUAAAGGACGUUCAACAACAAAAAGAACAAAUUCAAAGAAUAAAGGUAGUUUUGCUACUGUAACUAAACGUGAAACCACAAAAACAACUACAACAACCGUUAAAUCAUCAGGCAAAGCGUCUACCACUUCAACAACAAAAACAAGUUAA